GAGAAAACGGGAGGCAAGAAUUCUAUUCCCAUGGCGAUGACCAAGCGGGCGCGGGUGCAGGCGGUGCGAUCAUGGCUGCUUCCGCCGAUCGUCCAGCAGGUGGUUCACUGCUUGGACACGCCCACGGAUGCGCUGGCCUUUCUCCAUGCAGCGCCUGCCGAGGCCCGCGACGAGGCCCUCGACGCGCUCAUGACGCUCCUCACCCAAGACGAGCACAUGUGGCCAGACUCGGAUGUGUGCUUCUUCGUCAACAUGGACCAAGAGAUGGUGAUCAAGGCGCUGCCAGCGCUCCGCAUGCUAUGGAUCUACGAGGAGGUUGGCGUCGCCGACUUUUGCCGACGAUCGCCGCUUCCGCCGACCGCCAACGUGUGCGCGGGCGUUGACGACGUGCUCGAACUCCGAUCCAUGUAUGGCAACUGGGUACCGAACGUUACGGACCUCAGCUUGGGCGUCGAUCGCGCGCCACUGGACAGCGGCGUCCUGCGCCGGGAGCUCGCAGCGUGUACAAAGCUCACGUUUCUCCGUAUUGAAUGGGGCGACGAGAUGAUCGAUCAAGGGCAAAUGGACGCUGUCAUGAUGGCCGCCGCUGCAUUGUGGCCACGCCUGUCUAAUCUGCGUCUCUUCUCCGAGACAGAGACCACGCUGCAGCGCUGCGAGCAUCUCGUCGCAUGGCUCACUCGGCCAUCGACCCGACGCUUCUCGCUGAUUUACAUCGACUUUCCCGUGCGCGCUGCCAAGGCCUUGGCGCAUGCGCUGGUCGCAUCAAGCACGCUUCGGGCGAUCAAGCUCGUGUUUUCACACAACGUUCUCGCCGCGUUUCUGGAUCCGUCGUCGCCAUCGCUAUCGCGGCAGCUGCGCCAUCUCUCGAUCCACAUCGACGCUGACUGGGACUACGUACCGUCUCUCGCCGCCAAGCUGUCGUCCUCGGCUAUCAAGAGCUUCAAUCUGGUCAGCAAGGUGCGUCACGAGGUGACGCCGGUCAUGGAUGCCCUGCCAGCAACGCUGCGCCGGCUCAAACUCAGCAACGUCCAGAUCGCGAGCUUUCCGCUGCUAGCUGAGCUCGAGUACCUCAAGCUGUGCAACGUGCCUCUGACAAGCGACGCCGUUGCUGGUCUUACGGCGGCGCUGGCAGCCUCGACAACGCUGGUCCGCCUCAAGCUCGCCAACGCACAGUUGCCCGACGACCAACUCCAACAACUUCUAUGUGCGCUGCCGCGCUGUCUCAGUCGCCAGAAAAGCAAGUGCGAGGUGUACCUUCAGGUGACGGUCGUGAGCGAGCCGUUGCUCAUCACCGCUUUGGCCCAGAUGCGCAACACGGAGCAGGUGGCGAUGACGCUGAGCGGCGGCGAUGCGCUGAACCUCGCGGCGUGCCAGCGCCUCUUGACUGCACUGAGCGCCACAUCGCACAUGGAGCUGAGCUUGCUCCCCGCGAACUGGACGUCAAACGACUUUGCAGCGCUCGAUGCCUACGCCGCGUUGCAUCACAUCCCGUGCUUGGAUGACUCAUAUCUCUCGCCAAGCAGCACGCCGUGGGUGGCACUCGCCUAGUCGUCAGCUCAGCUGAUGUCGACGUCUAUCUACGAGUAGU